AUGGCUCGCCCUUGUGGUGUUUUCAUUAACCACAGAAGCAUAGACACCAAACGCAGUGUCUCUGGUUUGCUCUAUGAUUACUUCCUCCGCCUCAACCUCCAUCCUUUUUUAGAUAGCAAGAACAUGAAGCCAGGUGAUAAGCUUUUCGAAAACAUCGAUUCCGCGAUUCGGUCUUGUAAGAUAGGGGUGGCUGUGUUUUCUCCAACUUAUUGUCGAUCUUAUUUCUGCCUUCAUGAAUUGGCUCUCUUAAUGGAGUCUAGGAAGAAGGUUGUUCCCAUCUUUUUCGACGUAAAGCCAUCGGAGCUUGCUGUUUUGGAUGAUGGGAUUUGUCCAGGAAAGGAUUUGCAGAGGUUUAGGUGGGCUCUUGAGGAGGCUAAGUACACCGUGGGGCUUACGUUUGACUCCUCUAAUGGGGACUGGUCUGAAUUACUGAGGAAUACUACGGAAAUUGUGGUGAAGAGGUUGAUCGAGUUAGAGGCAAAUGAAUGCAAACGUGGUCACCUCAAAGGAUGA